AUGAUUCUAAUAGACGGUGUCAAGUACUCCUGUCUGGAGUGCAUCCGCGGCCACCGAUCCACGCUGUGCCAGCACGACAAACGGCCCUUAUUACUAGUGAAAAAGAAGGGAAGACCCAAUCUACUAUAUCCCGAUGGAAACAAAAACUACCGGAUUGCUGUUUUCGCAAAGGAAGUUGCCGAAGAUACCGAAGUGGAUCUGAAGGAGAAAUGUCGUGACCGCCCGGUGGUCAUUUUGAAGGCGUCCGACAAAUACAUCUAUGAUAUCAAGUCUGGAGAGAUCGUCGGGCCGUACUGCGAGGAGUCCGCACAGAACCAAACGCCGAUGUUUCGGCCAGAAAACUUUGUCAAUAUGUCGUUCUGUUGUCUGGGCUCGCUGGCACGCAAAGAGUGCUCUUGUAACCAGAAGAAGGUUCUGAAAAAACGUAUUUUGCAGUCGUACUUGAAGAAAAAUCAGGGGAAGGUCGAUAUGGAGGGACUUCUACGAACACAUUCAGCUGGUUUGAAGGUGGAGAAGCCCAAAAGUGUCAAGCUGGGUGGCUGUUGUGGUGGAAAGGUCAAGAAGGAGGAAGAGCCCGUUGUGCUUUCCAAGCCCGAGCCCGCAACACACACCUUUGAGGUGUUGAGGCCGCAUGACUAUGAACUGCCUAAAAUGAAUCCGCCCGUAGUCAAGAGCGAACAUCUGGUGGACCUGAGUAUUCCUCCCGUACAACCUCAACCAAACACAGACUUCAACAUGACUCAGAACGCAUACGUCAACAGUAAUCCUCCAUCAAUGUAUGCAAAUGGAACUCUAGAUACUAGUGGCUCCUUCGCUGGCUAUCUGCAUUCUCUUGGUCCGCAAAUGCCCGUGUCAGAUCCACAAGUGCAAGUGCCAUUUUCUUCCCAAAUGCUUAUACCCGAAACAUCGACAUCGUUGCAUGGCCAGAAUCUCCCCGUCGGUCCACAGUUUCCGAUUUCUUUCACUUCAGCACCCCUUGCAUAUGAACAGAAUGGUCAUCCAAGCUAUAGCCGAGUAAUAAUGAACAAUAACGGAGCUGCUGCACAGGAGCAGCCAUUGGGGCAUGCUCCUGACCAUGAUGUUCCGUUCGACUACGGUGCAUCCCUCUUCCUCCAAAACAAUAACGAUGUGUAUCGUGCACCAAGCAACAACGAGCUCCUCUAUGGAAACAACAACCAGCUAUUCAAGGUAAUCAAUGUUCCUUCAUGUUCUCUUCCCGGAACAUGUUUGUGCUCUUCUGAUUGCUCAUGUCCGAGCUGCGAGACCCACAAUCCAUCUUCUAAGAAAGAGGACUUCAGCGCAUCCAAUACUAUGCAUGCCAACCCGGUGCCGGAAUUUGACCAGAGCAAUGCGUACAGCAACAUGGUGCCAGCGGACCUGGCGUCAAAAGUGCCCGAUUACUUUGGCUUUUUGAAGCAGAUUAUCGGCAUAGAGGAAGAGAACUCGGGAGAAGAAAGCAGCCGCUCCGAGAGCGUUUGCAACGAUCUACAAUCAGAGGUCGAGCCCGCAGACGCCGAGCAAUGUUCCUGUGCCGAGGGCGCCUGCUUCUGUUCCAAUUGUGAGCGCCAUGGAAUCAUUGAAGGUAUACGGCUUGACGAUUUCUUCGGGUCUGUGGGAAGAGACCCCAGCGGAGCCACGAAGCACCAUCUGCGACCAUGCAUGUAA